AUGGGAAGGCGAAGGCAGGGGACGAAGGAGAAAGGUGGGAUGAAUGUGACGAGUGGUUCGAAGGAGAUAGGUGGAACUAAGAGUACAGUUGGGGCUGAGGAGACAGGUGGGAUUAAGGAUACAGGUCUGGCGGCGCUGCUGGCGCGUCCGGCGGUGAACGAGGUGUACCUGCUGGCGGUGGCGUACGCGGUGCUGGCGACGUUCGCGGCGCUGACGCUGGCCCUGGGGGCGGCGGCGCCGAUGCCCGCGCUGCUCUGCGUCUACGUGGGCUACGCGCUGCUGCCCGUGCGCCUGCGCGACGCCGCCGCCGCCGGCGCCGCCCUCACCGCCCUGCAGCUCGCCGCCAUGGUGUAUUGGGCGCGCGCGCGCUCCCCGGACGCGCCGCUCUGGCCGCAGCUGGCGUGCCACGCGGUGCUGCUGCUGUGCUGCAACGCGGCGGGAGCCUUCACGCACUUCCCGUCGGAGCGCGCGCGCCGGCAGGCCUUCCUCGAGACGCGCCAGUGCGUGGAGGCGCGCCUCAACACGCAGCGCGAGAACCAGCGGCAGGUAGAAGAGAAAGGCAAAAUCAUCCAGGAAGAGGUGUUGGUGGGAAGGGCGCUGGAAGAAUUCCUAAGUAGCUGCGGAGGGGUCAAUUAA